UACCCAGAAGGAGGAACAAAGUAGAGAGGAAGAUGGCCACGAUGAACGUGGCAGUGAAUGUACCUGCCUAUUCAAGGCAGCCAAACCGCCGUGAGGUGCUGGCUUGGCUCAACUCGACGUUACAGACAGGCUUCGCCGGGUUGGAUCAUGUAUACACAGGCGCCGCCUUUUGCCAGCUCAUCGACUGCCUGUUUCCUAAAACCCUGGACCUCUCAAGCGUCCGAUUCGAAAGCAAUGAAAAGGUGGACUCUCUCCACAACUACAGUUUACUGCAAACUGCAUUCAGAAAAGUUGCAGUAUUACGAUACAUCCCUGUUGAACCGCUGAUGGCAAGGAACGUAUCGGUCACUCUGCAAUUCCUGAACUGGUUUUACCUUUUCUUUAAGAAGAACAUGAGUGAGGCCAGGGAGUACAAUGCCUUUGAGGCCAGAGGUGGAAAGAAUAUUGUUCCCCCUCGCACAGAGAGUGAGGAGGAGAACGAUGUCAGAAGAGCGGCAAAAGAAAAAAAACGAAAGUUGAAAUCUGAGGCGGAUGUGAAAGCGGGGCAGGAGACAGAGGAAAGGAACAAAAUCAAGAAACAAAAGGAGGAGCAAGCAGAUGAAGAAAGUAGUGAAACCUUUUUGCUCUUCAUCAAAAGAUACUGCAGUGACACGAGUACAGACCCUUCUGUUUCUGCCUUCUUAAGACCGACCCACUGUGCGAACGUCAUUAAAGCCUGCUACUCCCUGCCAUACUGCCUCUACCUGUAUAUGGACGUGGAGCUGGGCUUAGAAAAGAACACAAGUGUCGUCCUGGUGGGAUAUUUCGACCAGAACUCAGGUGUCAGUGUGGUAAAGCCGCUGCUCACGCUGCAGCUGAGCGGCAGCUACACUGACCCUCAGUGCUCAGAGGACGCAGACAUACACACUGUGCACACACACGCUGAAACUGAUGCAAGCCUUCUAAUCAAAGAGCUGAAGAGGAAAGAUCUUUGGCUGCCCAACGCCGCUGUGUUUUACUGUAACGCUCCGAACCUGAAGGUGAGCAACAUGUUUCUAUCACAACUCCAGCCUUUCAACCAAAAUAUCAUAUCGCUCUGCGGCCUCCCCGGGAUGACGUCACGCGCCUGCCAGGCCGGACUCUUGUCUUCCUUUAGUUGCGUGGUCGACCUCAUUAGAGACAUCCACUACCACUACUACACCUGCCCCUCCGUCAGUGACAGUGUGAAAGGCCUAUUUGCUGAUGAGAAGUACUACAACCCCUCCCUUCCCAUCGCUGCACAGUGUCUGUUCAUCAUCCACGCUUGUCAGAAGAUGGUGGACUGCUGGAGGCUUUUAGUGGAGUAUUUUAAGUCAUUGAAGCAAGUAGAGGACUCCAACCGUAUCAGAGCCCAGCUGUUGGAUUAUAAAAUCCGCCUGCGCAUCAUUUUCCUCGCCCAAAAUUUGGAGCCCAUCCGAGCCCUUCAAGAGUUGCAGGCCUCCAGCGACGCAUGCGUGCCCGUGGAGCUCCAGCUGACCUCCAUGGUGAUGCACUCGUUUGCGUCCAGUCUGCUCCGGCCCUCCGCCAUAGAGAAUUUUCUCAACAAGCGAAACGUGAGUCACCUCCAAACCAGCUCGGACCUGCUCCCCGUCAAAGAGGUGCACGUUGGUUCUAAUGCCAGAGACUUUCUGUGGGCCAGCGCUGUCGUGGAUCUGGGGGAAGCGGACAGGAAGGCUUUCCUGAGCGAUGCGAAAGCUUUCUAUAAAGCAGCACUGGAGAGUUUUGCGGAGAGUCUUCCUGAGGAUCUGGGGGAUGUGGCACUGAAGAAUAUGGGCAGGGUGCUGCGACAUUCUGAGGAUAUCAACGCAAAUAAAUUGACCGCAGAAGUGCUCACAGAGUUGGCGGAUCAGCUGGGUCUGCUCAAAGCUGGGGUUAACGGAAAGAAAAUUCUGGUCAGCAGCUACUUCCAUUUCGUCAAGACCACAAAGAAGGAACAAAGUGUCAGCUGGAAAAAGAUAUUGUACAUGAACAGACAAUUCACGAGUCUGCAUAGACUCUUCCUGUCGAUCCUGGCCCUGCCGAGCUCUCUUCACAGGACGCAGGUGUUUGCUAAGAUGUGCAACAAGGCUCUUCCUCCAAGCAAGGAAACCCCCAUAUCCUUACCUGAAUUGUACGAAAGGCUAGGAAUACCCAAAACAUUGAGGAAGCUUCGGAAGAAACCUGCCCACAACAAGAGGAAAGAGGAGUCUUCCUCAGAUGAUGGUGACGGUGCUGUGGCCAAACCACGGUUACAGCUUCCCUCCAAACGCCCCAUCACUAAGGAGGACUCAGAGAAAACGGACAAUUCUUCAGAUGUGGUGGAUAUCACUGAAGGGUCCAAAAUGAGGCCCAGAAACAUGAAGCCAGAAAGUGAAAGUAGUCCAAAGGCAAAGUAUGCAUGCGUUGAGGACAGUAAAAACGAUGAUGAAGACAGCGACUGCAUGAUUUUAACAAGAACACCACCCAAGACUGCAGUCUUAACGGAUGUGAUGGGGGAGCUGGUCUGGGGUCUGGUGGAGGGCUUUGCUUCCUGGCCAGCCGUCAUUGUCCCGUCUAAGGAAGAGAAGCAAGAUCCAGAGCGGAGGAUGGUGUCGUGGUACGGACAGAACAUGUCCUCUACGGUGAGUCAGAUGNUAAUAAGUGCAUCUCUGUAUCUGACCGUGCUGAGUGGUCAGAUGGAGGGGGGNGGGGGGGGGGGGGGGGGGUCAGAGGUCAGCGGGGAACAGCUGCUGAAGGUGAAGGUCACCAG